AUGCUCGAGAUCUUGCACCAGGUGCUGCAGUUCAGCAGCCGCCGCGCGUCGCUGGCGCCGUCGCCGUUUGGCGGAUCCAGGCGCCCUACGUCCGAGGAGAUGGCCGCCAUGUCAUUCGUGGCGCCGGCAGUGCAGCAGCGCCUCGCCCACCGGCUGCCGGCCCCGCUGUUCCCAGCGCCGCCGCCGGCCGCCGCAGGCCACGCGCUGCCAGAGGCGCGCGCCGCGCCGCUGCCCGCUGCAGCCCCCACUUUUCCAGAGGCGCACGCGCCGCUGCAGCCGGCUGCGGGCCCUGUGCAGGCAGCGGCAGAGGUUGGGGACGAAGAGGUGGAGCAAAACGAGGGGGAGGCGGCGGAGGCGGAGGCGGAGUGGCAGUCUCAGCGGGGCAGGAUGCUGUCAAUGGUGGCUGAGGAGGCGCCGGCUGUGGGCGAUUAUGGGGUGCGGCACGGCAGCGCCGAGGGGAACAGCGUGGCGGUGGAUGCGCAGGCGGGCAGCUUGACAGAGCAGGGAGAGGAGCAGCAGCAGCAGCAGCAGGAGCAGCAGCAGGAGCAGGAGCAGGAGCAGGAGCAGGAGCAGGAGCAGGAGCAGGAGCAGCAGCAGGAGCAGCAGCAGCAGCAGGAGCAGGAGCAGGAGCAGGAGCAGGAGCAGGAGCAGGAGCAGGAGCAGGAGCAGGAGCAGGAGCAGCCCGCAGUCGAUGAGGCGUGCGCUCGCUUCGAGGUGUGCGACGGCCCGCAAGCCGGCCGUGCCAGCGCCGGCUGGUCCAGCGCAGGCGGCAGCAGCGGCGCGGCGAGCGGCCUGGAGAGGGUCGAGGAGUGCUCGGACGAGGGGCACGGCAAUGACGAGGCGCACCAUGCCGAGGCGCUGCAACCGUGGGCAGAGGGGGCGGCACGGCCAGACGCCAUUGGGCACCAGGAGCAGGGGGCUGCUGCGGCGGUGGAGAUGGCAGCGACGGCCGGUGUCGCAGCCGCCGAGGUCGAGGGGCAGCCGGAGGUCCCCAUUAUCUAUACUGCGGGCGGCCUGCUGGAUACGUCGGCCGCAGCGGCCGCGGCAGGGGAGGGCGAGGCGACUCCGCGGGUCGGCGCCGGGUCGCCGCAGCACUUCCCGUUUUCGGCGACCCCGACCGAGGCGCCCAGCUCGCCCUGCGGCAGCACCCACAGCACCUUCAGCUGCAGCAGCAGCCAGCAGCAGCAGCAGCAGCAGCAGCAGCAGCAGCAGCAGCAGCAGUGGGAGGGGCUAGAGAUACUGUCCCACCUGCACCUGCAGCGCAGCCCGCCCGCGGGCGCGGCGCGGCGGCGGCAGCAGCAGCUGCAGCAGCAGCGACGGCGCAGCUCUAGCAGCAGCCACGGGGGCGGCGGCGGGGGCGGCAGCUUCAGCGGAAGCGGCGGGGCGGCCCGCGGGGUGUUGGGGCCUCUGCUGGGGGUGCGGCGGCAGCACGGGCGGCGCAGCUCAGCGGAGUAUGUAGGGGGGGACGAGGAUGAGGAGGAGGGAUGGUAG